GUAUUGAAAAUAAUACCUUAACAAUUUUAGAUGAGUUUUUAGUUUUAACAACAGAAAAAGAUAAUAAUAUAAAAGGUGAGUUUACAGCAUUAGCUAACAGAAAAAGUAUUACUAUUCCACUUUCUGUUUAUAAUAAAAAUGAAGAAGCAAAGCUUCAAAUUUCUAAUUCAUUCAAAAAAAAAUAA